GCUAGUAAUGAUGUUGCUCAUCCACGACAAGAUUUUUUGUGGACGACCUGAUGAAGCUAUUGGCGCUUUUAUUAAUCUUGAAGGAUGAAAUGUCCGGAAGAGAGGUUGUAUUAAUGAAGGUAAUCAAGGCACAAGUUCUAAUGUCGCGACUUAUCAAUGCAAAUGGUCUACUACCGCAACAACGUUGACUGCUCAAGAAAUUUUAAGAUGGUGAUGUUCAUUCUGAGGGAGAUGUGUUUCCACAUGAUGAUGAUGAAGAAGUGGAAGUUGACUUUGGUCAAGCACCACUUUUCCCUAAUCAUGGUGUCCACAAUGCGAGCAAUGACAAGAAUUUCCAGGAGCAUCUCCAUUAAUAAGACAUUGGAAGGCUAUCUUAUUGCGAAUGUUGUAAAUGGAAUGCGUGCUGGUUUCAGAGGAAAACUCAACAAUCUCAUGGUUCAACUUAGGAAGAAUUGCAACCACCCUGACCUCUUAGAGUCUCAAUUUGAUGGUUCUUUUUUCUUCCCACCUGUGGAGCAAAUAGUUGGGCUGCGUGGAAAGUUUCAGUUAUUUGAUAAACUGGUUGGAAAAUUGCUGGACCGAAAACACAAGAUACGAACUGCUAAAAUGUUCUGAUCUUUUCUCAGUGGACUAGAAUGUGAGACAUAAUUGAGUACGAUUUUAGUCAAAAGGGUUUUGAAGUCUGCAGAAUUGAUGGCUCUGUUAAAUUGGAUGAAAGAAGAAGACAGAUUCAAGAAGAGUUCAAUGAUGUGGGAAGCCAGUAUAGGAUAUUUCUUCUUAGUACUAGAGCUGGUUGGUUGGGGAUUAAUCUUACAUCUGCGGACACCUGCAUUUUGUAUGACAGUGAUUGGAACCCACAGAUAGAUCUACAGGCAAUGGAUCGAUGCCAUAGGGAUUGGUCAGCCAAAACCUGUUCAUGUGUACAUGCGUGCUACUGUGAUAUCUGUUGAGGGCCGGAUGCUGAAAAGAGCUUUUAGUAAGUUAAAGCUUGAGCAAUUGGGUAUCUAGUAAGGCCAAUUCCAGCAGGAGCGAAGCAACGCAAAUGCUAAUGAUGUCUUGCAGCAAGAGGAUCUGUUGACUCUUCUCCGAGAGGAAGAAAGUGCAGAAGAUAAGUUGGUGCAGAAGAUAAGAGUGAUGGACUACAGCGACUUACUUGCCCUUCAUUCCCAAGAUGCCAAAGCCAAUUCUCAGGCAUGUUCAAAUGCCGUUCUUCUGAAAGGGCCUGGCUGGGAGUUGAUUAGUCUUGCGCAGUUUGCCUCAAGAAUUGCAAUCCAUUGCAAGAAUUGCAACAAGUUAUCUAGGUACAUGGUUU